AUGACGGGCGCGCGUGCCGGCUGUGUCGGCUGCCUGUUGCCGGCGUCCCCUGUGAGGACGUCGCGCGGCAGGCCUGGGAGACAGAGCGCCCGGCGGGCCCACGCGGUCUUCUCGAGGCGGAGUGCCACUGGCUCGGGGACCGCCGCGCCAGGCGACCCCGAGCCGCCCGCGAGCGAGGCAGUUGCACCACUGACGAGAGCCGUCCGGGAGCUGGCCUCGGGCUUGCUCAGCGCCGCCGACUCCGGCCGGCGAGCGCAACAUGCUGCGAACUUCCUCGCCACGUCGUUCGAGGCCAUCCUGACCGAAGACGCGAACAGGGCCAUCGAGGGGUGGAAGCGCAUCGCCGCGCUCUCGGCGGAGGAGAGGCAGCUGAUGGCGCAGUACCUGUCGGCGAAGGACCUGGGCGUGCUCUGGCGGCUCGCGGGGGAGUUGCGUGACGCCCCCCCCUCGGAGCAGAUCGCCGUGCUGGGCACGUGGGGUGGCGUCGGCGACGACCUUCCCUGGACAGAAGACGACGGAAUCGUGCUCUGGGAGUGCCUGGCCGGCUCCCCUACGCCCCUGGCGCUCAUGCCGGCGCGUGGCCGCUUCCAGGUGGCGAUGUUCAGCAGCCCGCAGAGCGGACAGUCCUUCGGGCGAAUUGCGACGAGGUUCGGGGCCGUGGGGGACGCAUGCCUGCCCGCGUACUUCUCCGUAGACCUCGAGCCGGCGGCCAACCCGGUCAGCGGCGCGCUGGCGGAAGCAAGACUCGACGUCGAACCGGUGCCGGGGCACGGCGCGAUGUCGGCCGAGGACCUCCCACAGAUGGUGCGUGGGCGGUGGCCGGGUCCGCCGUCACACCCCCCCCCGCUGUUCGGCGGCUGCGCCGGGUUCGUCAGGCCGCUCGGACCGGGCGUGUGGAUCGUGCAGUGGUGGAAGAACGUCCCCGGAGAGCUCGCUUGGGAUCACGAAGGGGCCCGGGGAUCGCCACGAGUUGCGAUGCACGCGCUCAUGGUGCGGGGACGCGUGGUGGGGGGGAGCACGGGGGUCGGGGAGGGGGAGGCGGCGCUCGAGGCGGUGUGCUCGCGCACGUGGGUCGGAGAGCUGCUUGGCCGGUAG